AUGUUCGCCUCCGGUUGGAAGAAAGCCCUCAGCGUCGCAGCCGUCGUGCUCGCACUCUCCAGCGGCCAAGUCCUCGCAGCCUGCACCGACGGUCCCGGAUGGACCCCUGAGGAAUUCGCCGAAUACCAGUCUCUCAACGACACCACUGGCUGGGCUGGCAUGGAAAAGCUCGCACAGUGCACCAUCGACGCUGAUGAACUCUCUCCCGCGAAACCCCUUUCAAGGAUCGAGGCUCGAGCCGGAGGCCGCGAGUGGCAGGGUUACAGCUCCGGUGGAUGCUCUGGUGCUCAAACCGCUGUCACUUCCGGCUUUGGAUGCGGUGUUUGCGUCAGUGCUACCAACUUCUUCUUCUACAGUGGUUGGCUGUGGAGGGAGCGCGCAGCGAACCCUUACCCUACUGCUGAUUACUACACUCAGUCCGGGUGCCGCGGAACUAAGCUUCAUCACCAGGGUAUUGAGGGUAGUCAGACGACGUCUUGCAACAACGUCAACCGCGCUGCGUCUGUUAUCCUCUACCAGGGUUGCUAG